AUGUCUUCUAACCUGGUCAAGUCAUUCAACGCCCUUCCUCGCAAAGAGAGGGCACCUUCCGGACGAGUGCCCAACGAAUGGCACUUUGACUUGCGGUACAUCCAGCUCGAGCCAACCCCAUCCCACAUCAUCGCUCUCAUCCAACCCCAAUCUCAGUUCAUCCACAUCGAACACCUUCCCAUCGGCCUACCCGCGAACCAGAGUGGCCUAGAAUACUUUCCCGAAUCUGGCAAAGAAGCUGCGCCAGAGGUAGCCAAAGUCCUCCUCCAUGCCUUUGUCAAUAAACUCGGACAAUCCGCGAUCCCCAACGCCCCACCUGCGUUUUCCCCGUGGAAGUUGACGACUGAAGAUAAGGAUCUGGCAUCUGCGGUCAGCGACGAACUCAAGCGGAUUGGCAUUCGUCCGCUUGAGCUAUGCAACAUCGGGCUCUCUAAACCCCAGACAAACUUUAUAAUGCAAGAAGCCUUCACCCGCCUCUUUGCUACCCUCAAAACGGCCGCUGGGUACACUGGCAUCGCGGCUGCUUCUAUCAAGACACCCCAGCCCUUCAUUUUCUGGAACUUCAAGCUCGAUCCCUUGAAGGACUUGAGGACUCCAGCCGAGUUGGGUGAUCCAGAUGAGCUUGAAAAAGUCGAAAAGUUCCAACUUCCAUUGAAGUAUCUCCAAACCCUUAUGAAUGCGCGUCCGCCCGACCCAAAUGAGCUGGAUACAAAACUCUCACUAGGUCUAGGCUGUACACGCAACCGCACCAAAUCCCGCGUCUACCUCAUCAAAGCCAUCCUCUCCCCCACCGCCUCCGACGAAACCAAAGCAACCGCUCACGGCGCACUCCUAAACUGGUACGUCUCCUCCUCCAAAUCCGACUUUCGGAGCCGGUACCUUUUCGCCGCAUGCCACCACGCCAACAUCGCCGCGCGCCUCUGCCGCAAGAUCAACAACUCCCUCAAAACCCCCGCGUCCCCUGCCGUGCUGUGGUUCAUGAAGCACAUAUUCGAGCGUAUGGCGAAAGGGGCACCCGAGAUGUAUUUGUUUUAUAAAGACGCGCAGGACGUGUAUGAAGCUAGGAAUAGGCAGAUUGAGGGGCAGAAGGAGAAGAUGCCGUUGAAGAGGUUGAAGAACCCCAUGAGGUAUCGUUGUGCAGCUGUUGGGUGUGGUGUUGAGGCUGAUUCGGGAAAGAUGUUGUCGAGGUGUUCAGGAAAAUGCGACUCUGACAAAAAACCCUCCUACUGCAGUAAAGAAUGCCAAAAAGCCGACUGGAAGAACCAUAAACCCUUUUGUAGUCCCGGUGCGGAAUGUUCCGUCAUCGAUGACGGGACGUGGGACGCACCAGGUCCACCUAGACCAUCGCGCGGGGCGCUGCAACUGCCGAUUACGCAUGCGGGGGGUGGGUCGAGGACGUUUGUGGGUAGCUCGACUAUGGAUGCGAAGACUUUAAAGGAGGUGGAGGGCAUUGGACUUCGGGUACAAGGGCCGCGGAUCGAGAUGGCCUCUCCAGCACCAAGCGGUGCUGUGGGAGGAGGCGAGACCCCACUCCAAUUAAUUGAUGAGGAUGAGCCAGAUGCUGCUGGGCGACCGGGCCGACAUCUAAUUCUUCGCUACGUAUCUCGAGAUGUUGCAAUUGGGCUACCACCGUUUUUGCCUCCGCCGCAAGGUUGUUUGGCACACUCUUACAGCCAGACUGCCAGUUCUAAGUACAACAGUCCGUUCGCGUUCAACGGACGUACAAUUAUCUCAACUCGGCAUUGGAGCACCAAGCCAGGACGUCCAUGGCCAAGCGAAGGGGCCGGACGCUAUAACCAUGGGCAAACCACGACAGCCACGUUCGCACCAUGGAAGUUGACAACCGAAGAGAAGGACCCAGCAUCCGCCGUCAGCGACGAGCUCAAGCGGAUCGGUGUUCGCCCUCUCGAGCUAUGCACGAUCACGCUCUCCAAACCCAGACCGUAUCAUGCAACAAGCCUUCACAUGCCUCUUCGCCGACCCCAAGACAGCUGCUGGGUGAAGAGGGAGCUGCAAGUUAUCUUGAAGGUGCUUGAUGAGAGACCUGAGGGGAAGGUCAACGCUGACAGAGAUCCGGGGGAUGCAGAUGCUGCAUUGGAUUGUGGGUUGAGACUCUCACAUUGGUUUGUGCAUCACCUCCUGGAACGCAAAGCGAAAAACAGGCCAGAGCCGUGUUUGCUCUAUAGAGACGCGAUUGACAGUUACGAGGAUAGAAACAAGCAGGUUGCGGAAGAGAGGGAGAAGAUGCAGGCAAAGAGGCUGGGUACCCCACAAAAUACCGGUUCAGGAAAAUGCAACAUUGGCAAGAGACCCUCCUACUGCAGCAAAGACUGCCAGAAAGCUGAUUGGAAGAACCAUAAACCCUUCUGUCGUCCUGGUGCAGAAUUUUCCGUCAUCGACGGCGGGACUGAUGAGGCAGGUCCGCUGGAAUCUGUGGGUGGGCUGAUACAGGUGCCGAUCACACAUGGUGGGUUCAAGGUCUGUGUGAGCAGUUCGACGAUGGACGUGAAGGGGUAG